UUCGCGAUGAAAUUUUAUGAAAACUUCACUCGAAUUUGUUUUACAGACACAGUCCUCCUCUGAUCUUUUUCUCGGGAAGCUCCUAAUGCUAUUGUGAGAUCGAUCCAGGUUCAGUUGUUUCCUUCUAGUUGUUGGUGUUGUUGGGAUCCAAAAAGCCAAUCAAAAUGGUUGUCCUAGCUGCUUCCAUCGUGAGUAAGUCCGGGAAAGUGCUUGUUUCCAGACAAUUUGUGGACAUGUCUCGUAUCAGAAUUGAAGGCCUGCUUGCAGCUUUUCCCAAGCUGGUUGGCACUGGCAAGCAGCAUACAUAUGUUGAGACUGAGAAUGUCCGAUAUGUUUACCAGCCUAUUGAAGCCUUGUUUUUGCUUCUUGUCACAACCAAGCAGAGCAACAUUCUAGAAGAUUUGGACACUUUGAGGAUGCUCUCCAAACUUGUACCCGAGUAUUCCAUGUCUUUAGAUGAAGAAGGGAUUGGUGGGGCUGCCUUUGAGUUGAUAUUUGCCUUUGACGAAGUCAUUUCCCUUGGGCACAGGGAGAGUGUCACAGUUGCUCAGGUUAAGCAGUACUGUGAGAUGGAGAGUCAUGAGGAGAAAUUGCACAAACUGGUCAUGCAGAGCAAAAUCAAUGAGACUAGAGACGUGAUGAAGCGUAAGGCUAGUGAGAUUGACAAAAGCAAGAUUGAGAAGAAUAGAGGUGACAAGGGAGGAUUUAUGUCCUUGAGUUCAAUGGGAUCUGGAAAACUUGAGAGCAGUUUCAGUGACAUGAGCAUAUCCAGCGGAGGUGGUGGUGGUGGUGGUUUUGGAAGUGGAUCUGGUUUUGGCAUGAUCUCAGAUAUUGAGCCUACUGGUACCAAAGCUAAAGAUCGGCUUAGGUCUUCUGCUACUGCUCCUUCCAAGGGUCAUGGCAUGCAACUUGGCAAGUCCAAGAGGGCGAACCAGUUGAUGGAGUCCCUUAAAGCAGAAGGUGAAGUCAUUGUUGAAGAUGUUAAGCCUAUAAUAGGCCAAUCCAAAGUGGCUGCUCCACCUCCAACUGAUCCAUACACAUUGACGGUUGAAGAGAAGCUCAGUGUCACAUUGAGACGGGAUGGCGGAAUCAGUAACUUUGAUGUUCAAGGCACCUUGUCUCUCCAAAUUCUUAACCAAGAAGAUGGUCUGGUCCAAGUUCAGAUCGAAACUGGUGGAAAUCCCGGCAUCCUUUUCAAGACCCAUCCUAACAUAAACAAAGAACUGUUUGCUAACGAGAAUAUCCUCGGUCUGAAGGACCCUAACCGGCCAUUCCCCACCGGUCAAGGCGGAGAUGGUGUUGGUCUUUUGAGAUGGAGAAUGCAAGGAGCAGACGAAUCAAUGGUGCCAUUAACAAUUAACUGCUGGCCCUCAGUCUCUGGAAACGAGACCUAUGUCAGUAUCGAGUACGAAGCCUCGUCAAUCUUUGAUCUGCAGAAUGUGAUUAUCUCCGUACCGCUGCCUGCUCUCCGCGAGGCACCCAGUGUCAGACAAAUCGACGGGGAGUGGAGGUAUGACUCGAGGAAUUCUGUUCUGGAAUGGUCAAUACUUCUCAUUGACAACUCUAACCGCAGCGGAUCAAUGGAGUUUGUGGUGCCACCAGUGGAUUCGUCGGUUUUCUUCCCCAUCUCUGUCGGGUUCGCAGCCACCAGCACUUACAGCGACUUGAGGGUGAUGGGGAUCGUUCCGCUGAGAGGAGGUGCCCCUCCAAAGUUUGCGCAGAGGACGCAACUCAUCGCAGAGAAUUACCAGGUCGUUUGAGCAAAAAAACUCUUGUUCCGAGCAGCAGCCAGCUUAAAGAAGAAGACAAGGUUCUGAUCGUAUCUUUUCUUCUUUCAUGCACUUUGGACUCUUUCAUCAUAUUCUAUGGAAGUUUGAAUCAUUUUUACCCAGUUUUUUUUUUUUAAAUUUUGCUUCGCUUUUAGAAAAUGAUUGCUUCAUAUUAUUUGUA